CUUUCUGCAUCAUAAGCCUGGGAAGGCAUAGACUCUUUAUGGGUGGAAAGGUAUAUAUGGGUUCGCUAUUUUUCGGUUAAUAUCAUUUACAUUUCACCACUAGUGGUCAAAACUGCACCAGCCAUGUUUCUUAAAUUGGAACUACUCUCCUGCCUCUUGGCCCUAACUCUAGCUCAACAUUACCAACCCCAAUACCGUCAAGCAAGUCAGUACCAACAACUACAGCCUCAAUACCAACAGCUGCAAUAUCAACAAGCUCAACAGCCACAAUACAAGCAAGUCCAGUACCAACAACAAGCCCCGCAGCAAGUUCGGUACCAGCAAGCUCCACAACAAGUUCAGUACCAACCCCAAGGACCUUUACCUACUGCCGCCCAAUACCCUGCUGGAGUGGACGCCUCUUCAUGUCCAGAUUAUCCUGACUGCUCCAACCCUUUGGUAACUUUACAGGCUGUAGCGAAAGCAUCUGAUCCUAAAUAUAUUGCCCAAGUAACUCCUUCCGCUCCACCAGUACCACCGAAACCAGAAUCUCAAUACUCUCCAGAAGUGCAACAAAAACUCGACCGUGGAGAAUAUAUUGGAGAUGGCGACUACCACGGUGAAGGAUUGGACGAAGCUUUGGCACCACAAGUCGCAGUUGGGGCACAGCAAUAUGGUUCUCAAUCCCAUGGCGCGGGCGCAGUUCAAUACCCAGCUCAAAUAGCUGCCUCCCAAUAUGCCUCUCAACCAGGCGCAGCCGUCCAGUACGCUCAACCAAGCGCAGGCGCCGGUCAUUAUCCAGCACAAAUAGCUGCAUCCCAAUAUGCUCAACCAAGUGCGGGAGCUGUACAAUAUCCAGCUCAACAAGCAGCAUCUCAAUAUUCCUCUAGCCCAAGAUACAUUACCUACCCCCAAGGGCUUACCGCAGCUAGAUUUUUGCCCGCUGGAGCUAAGUACAGUCAGCCUGCGCCUGUGCAGGAACGUAAUUAUAAUGCCUUAGGUGCUGGAUCUGAACCCGUGCCAGCUGUUGCGCAGCUGCCUGCUGGUGUGGAUGCCGAGGUGUGUCCUAAUUAUCCAUUCUGUAGCUAGAUAAUGUCUCUAUUUUCUAUGUGAUAUAUGUAUAUUUAUUGUAAUGAUUAGAUAAUAAAAAUGUUUUUAUUUUAA